AUGGCACGAAAUGAUAGCGACCGCGGCCGAAAGACACCAGAUCAUUUGGCGCAGAUGAAAGAUUCAACUUCCAAUGAUGGCAACGAGCCAUCUUUUAGCAGCGAUUUGGACAAUAGUGCAGUUUCUACUCCUUCUCUUGCAGAUGAUAUUUUCAGUCCUUCGGUAUCAAUCGUCACGGAUACCACGGAUAUCGCGGAUGAUUAUGGAUGGGACACACCAGUCAAAGGUAAAUCGAUGACCCGCGCAGAAGACAGAAACAUUCUCGGAUCGCCUCAAAACGAAACCCAGGACAAAAUUAAGAGGGCCGAGGAUCUCUCCAAGCCCGACAAAGGGCUGGACACUCAAACUCAAACUACAGCGCCGAGAAGAAGAACGAAGAGCGCCAGUAGACGAGAUUUCGAAGCUAGGACCUUAUCUCUAGGGUCAGUGGAUAUCAGUGUCACAUCAUUCGAAAAACGAAAACAGGGUUCGGACUCUCCUGUAGACGGCAAUACGUUGGCUUCUGAUCAGGGACAGAUAUGGGGCGUAUUAAUCACUCCACCGAAGUCAAAGAAACCAAUGCACUUGCAGCUGAUCGAAUUCUGCACGCCUGGACCCGACGGGUAUAUUGACAUCAACUUUUCUACCGAUCAGACGUGGAUUUUCGAAGCAAGAAGAGUCAUCGAUUUCGGUAGUGCCGUAAAACCCACAUCUAAGACAGUCGUAUCCCGCACGGAGAAACAGGAUGUUGACCAUAUUCUUACCAAACCUACGAGCCAAUCUAUCCCAGAAAUCACCCUCUCUCCACCGGAUGCGAAUCGCACAGAUCAUAAAAUAGGAGAUGCAAAUACACCGCCUAGCAAAAAUAUAUUGCUGGGCGAUGGCACAAUUCAGCAUGUGCUGUCUCUGCUAUCAAAUAAAGCUUUCUCCGCUUCAAUCUCCAAAAAGGAGCAAGACUCAAUCGAUAAGUCACUUUCCAAUAUUCUGCCGGUUAAGAUUCGUGAGUGGCUGGAAGAAGAUACCCAUCACUGCCUGGCAUUGACAACUCAGAACCGGCGAUGCAAGAGGAUUCACGAAACAAGUCACCCGAAAAUGAUACAGUACUUAGACAGCAUGGCCACGCUCAAAAGUAGCGAGCUACCAAAGUGCCUGAAUGACAUGAUCUCUACAGCAUUAUGUUCAACGACGCACAAACGCAUGGCACGAGAAGAGCUAGAAAAGUGGAUGGUCGAUAUCGAGAAACUAUGCGAUAUCCACGCGGACAUGAAGGAAUCGACGUCAGUGUCCGCAGAUUAUCGUCUUCUAGCUCUCGCCAAUUAUCUUGAUAUACUCAGUGGGGGGAAAGGUCUCCCUCCGCGACAAAACAUAGUGUCCAGCUCUGCAAAAGUCGAGGAAAGCGAUCACAGCAUUACUUCGCUAGGGGAUUAUCGAUUGCUGCAAUACUUCAAACCAUAUAUUCCCAAGUAUUUGCAAAAACUUUCUGUGUCUGAAGCCCUUGAAGGGCUUCUGCUGAAACCCCUUACAGGGAAAAAGGAGAUUGGCGAUACCGGUAUCAUAUAUAUAUACUGGCAACCAUCAAAUUUCGGACACCUGAAAAUCGGCUAUACGACGCAGGCCUUUGAGAAGCGCAUGAAGGAGUGGAUUAAAAGGUGCAACAAAACGAUGGAAAUUUAUUACCCAAGUCGAGACGAUGCCCAAAAAAUCAUCGCAGUCGACCAUGUCUACCGCGUGGAAAAGCUUAUACAUUUGGAAUUGAAGAACCUAAGAAAGAUUGAGAAGAAUUGUCCGGGUUGCGGCAAGAAUCAUGACGAGUGGUUUGAGUGUUCGCGGGAUCUUGCGGUGGCAGUUGUUCGCAAGUGGAUGGAUUGGAUGAGAGAAUCGCCGUAUGAGGAAAGGCAAUCUGGAUCAUCGAAGGAGUGGGUAUUGAAGGCGGAACAGAGGAGUAAAUUGAAAGACCUGUCAGAGCCGAUGAAGGGGGUGUCUGUUAGUGCUAACGCCAUGGAGAAGGGAAAGAAUAAACAUCCUCGUCAAACCAGGCGUCUCUCAACUGGUAGACCGCCACGGAUGAGGAGUAAGUCCAUGUAG